UAUCCAGCAGGCAGCAAAAUGUUUUUAGUUUUUAAUUUUAUGCAUUUUAUGAUUCGACUUUGUGUUUAUAACUAAAUAAUAAAUAUGAAAUGCUAUUAUUAGUCUCGUUUAUAUAUAAGAAAUUUUUAACCAUAAUGUUGUGUUCUCGGCUGUUGAAAUGCUAAUUGAUGAAAUAUUUUGACGUCAAAAUGUUUUUCGGAAAAUCUAUUCUACUUUUAUUUUCCAUAUUAUGCCGUGUAUCUGCUACACAUAUUAAAGGCGAAUUCUCAACCCAAGACUUUUUCAAGUUCCUAGUCAAAUUUGGCUUUCAAAAAACGGAUAUACACUUCCAGAAGGAAACAUAUGGCUAUAUAUUUGGGAAUGUUACUGCUAUGGAACAUUUUAAAUAUCCCAUAACAUUUGCAGUGUUGGAUAGGAAGCAUUUCCUGCAUUAUUAUAAGAGUCGUGAUAUUGUAAACAAAGAGCUAGCAUGUCAAACCAUGUUCCAACAACUUAAUAGCUCAGCUUAUCAUCCUAAAUGUAAUGCUUACGGUCAAGACCUAUUCCGGAGGAUACCCUGUCCCCAAGGUAAAUUGUGUAUAGAUGAAGACAUGCCGUGGAAUGUAAUAAAAUACAACCAAUUUACAUAUGUUAUUCAGAAUACUGGUCAGCCUAGAUUUUGGUAUGUGUCAAUGGUGGCUUGCUACUUGGAUGAAGUAACCUGUACAUGGCAUCACUACACAGGGGCUCCAACACCAGAUAACAAGACACUAACAAAAACUCCCCAAACUUUACAGUAUGAUUUCUGGCUUGUAAAUGGGAGCCCCAACUUGUCACUUUAUAAUACCAUGUUGUAUCAAUUCUCAUUUGAUAGACAGAAUACACUGGAGCUGUAUUUAGUGUUUUGGCUGUGUUACAUUAUUCUCUUGCCAGUGCAAAUUUAUGCAGUUCGAACUCAGAGUCAUCCGGUGACAAAAUUGUUUACAUCCAGCCUGGUACUGGAGUUUAUAGCACUGUGCUUCAACGUGUUGCACACUGUCAAGUUUGCGGCUGAUGGAGUAGGCUUUCCUGGACUGGCAGUUGCUGGUGACAUUCUUGAUAUCAUGAGUAGGACAUUGUUUAUGCUCCUACUUUUAUUAUUAGCCAAAGGUUGGGCUGUCACAAGGCUGGAGCUAACAUACAAACCAUUAGUUUUCGGAGUAUGGAUGGUAUAUGGUAUAGUCCACAUAUUGCUUUAUGUGUGGAACACUACUGAAGUAGAUAUAAUAGAAGAGAUAGAUGAAUAUCAAACAUGGCCAGGAUGGCUUGUGCUCACACUAAGAGUGGCCAUCAUGACCUGGUUUGUGUUGGAGCUGCGAAAUACGAUGCUCUAUGAACACAAUAUGGCUAAACUGAACUUCCUCCUACACUUUGGAGCAUCCAGUCUGGUCUGGUUUGUGUACCUACCGAUUAUUGCUUUAAUAGCACUCCAAAUAAGCCCCCUGUGGAGGUUUAAAUUUAUUAUAGGUAUAACAUAUUCCGCUGACUGUCUGGCAUUUUGUGUUAUGGCACAUCUGUUAUGGCCAACUCGCUCAGAACAAUACUUGCUGCUGACACCACCAAACUAUACAGCUGGUAUUGAAGAGCUAGACGAGUUCGACGAGUCGCCCCACGUUGUCCACAGCGAUACAGUCGCGUUGACCACAGAAGAGAGUAUCAACGCUGAUGAUGAGGAGGUGAUAUUCACGAGACCACAGAAAAACGGAUCGGUCUUCUCAUAGCGACCUACGUGAGAAGCUGAAGUUACUCGCUCACGGGCAUGGCAUAUAAUAUGAUACUCGGCUAAUUCUAGGUGGUAACUAGGGGUGGUGGCUGAUGUUUGAUGGAAAAGUAAGUGUUUGUUUUAUUCAUCGGUAGCAAAACUGUAGGGUGCGUUUUACGUACAAAAGAGUGAUAUCAUGCUGUGAAGAUUGUGCACUGCGAGAACAUUAAAAAAGUAAAGUCAUCAUCCUUACAAUUUACGUGAUGUUUCUAUGAAUUUAUUAAUUUCAAUAUAUACUUAAUAUAAAGAUUAUUAUGAUGUAAGGCUGCGAAAAAA